CUCAGUUUUCAGUAACUGGAUAGACAUCAUGUCUCGAGCACGGCAGCCCCCACUUGUAACUGGCAUCUCUCCUAAUGAAGGCAUCUCAUGGACAAAAGUGACAAUUAGAGGAGAAAAUCUGGGGACUGGCCCUACAGACCUCAUAGGUUUAACAAUCUGUGGGCACAACUGUCUGCUAACUGCUGAAUGGAUGUCUGCCAGUAAAAUUGUGUGUCGAGUUGGACAGGCUAAAAAUGAUAAGGGAGACAUUAUUGUUACUACAAAAUCUGGUGGCAAAGGAACUUCAACUGUUUCCUUCAAACUGCUUAAACCUGAAAAAAUAGGUAUCUUGGAUCAGUCUGCUGUCUGGGUGGAUGAAAUGAAUUAUUAUGACAUGCGCACUGAUAGGAACAAAGGGAUUCCCCCCUUGUCCCUACGUCCAGCUAAUCCGCUUGGUAUUGAGAUAGACAAAGGCAGAUUUCCUCAAAAAGAUUUAGAGGCACUGUUUCCUGGGAUGAGUGCUGAUUUCACUAGUGAAAACUUUUCUGCUGCAUGGUACCUGAUUGAGAAUCAUUCAACAACAAG